AUGACAUCAAUGCCUGCUACCGAUGGAGGGGAAGAAAACGAAUUUCAUGCAAAAUAUACCGUCAUUAAUGAUCAGCUCAUUCGUUCCUGUAUUCAAUUAAAACAAAUAGAGCAUGAUGACGGAACGGAUCAGGAAAGUAAAACAAUGAGGGCUUUGAAACUCAAGAGAGACACAAUGGAUUUUGCCCUUAUCGAACACUUGAGUUUUUCAUUUAAGAAAAAAUUGGAUUUAUCUUUCAAUAAGAUAACAAAAAUUGAAGGAUUGAAGGGAUUGAAGAAUUUGAAAUACCUUUCUCUCUUUAGUAAUGAUAUUGAAAAAAUUGAAGGAAUGGAAGAUUUAAUGGAAUUGAAGAGUUUUUCAAUUGCCAAAAACAAAAUUAAGGAAAAAUCAAGUAUUCAAUACCUAAGAAUGUUCCCAAGACUAGGAAUGGUGACUUUGUACGAUAAUCCAGUGUGUGAAGAAAGAGAUUUCAGAAACAUGGUUCUAGCCUUUUUGAGAAAUUUAAAAUUCUUGGACUAUCGUUUAAUUGAAGAGGAAGAAGUGCAAACUGCCAAAGAGAGAUUCCACAAUGAAUUGCUGAAAGUUAGUGACAAUGAAGAACAAUAUGCACAAAAUCAAGAAGAAGAUGAAAAGAAACUGUUAGAAGAACAGUUGUUAGCUAAGGCCAACAUCGCUGGUAUCGAUGAUUUGUUCGAUGAAAUGUUCGAAUGUGAAGCAGACGAAACAAUCAAAAUAUUCAACUAUUGUACUGCGGAUAUCAUUGAAAAGUAUAGAACUAAAUUUACAGACAAGAAGGAUGAAUUCAAGAUGGAAAUGAUCAACUCCUCUAGAAACAAGGAUAAUGAGCUUGAAGAGCUUUAUUCAACAUUACAAAAAAGUCAAUACGAAACAAACUCCAGCUCAAAAACUCUCAUUAAAGAAUUCGAAAAGAAAAAGAAGGAAAUUAUUAGCAAUGUAAAGGAAAUGACUGCUGAGAGUGAAGAGGAAGAUUUGCAUCAACUUGAUUUGCUUGAUAGAGAAUUGGACAUACUGGCAGAAAAACUCAUUGAAGUUGAAGUCAACCAAUCUGAAGCUUUCUGGGAAGUUAUUGAAGAAUUCCUACCAAACUACAGAGAAAUGGACUGUACAAGUAAGAUUCAAAACUUUUUCAAAAAGUUGAAGAAAAUUGAAGACAAAUAUAGUAUUGAAUUGAAAGAUAGAUUGAUGGAUCAAGUUACAACUAUUGCUGAGGAUACUAAUGAGAAAGUUAAAGAUAUUUUGGAGGAUAAGGAUCAGUUGUUCACUCUUGUUCAACGUUCCAAGGAAGCACACAAAGAGAUUAUUGGCCAAAAAGAACUCAAACUCAUCCAAAACGAAAAGGAUAGAAUGUUAUUUACUGUUGAAAAAACAAAGAAGGAUGAACAUGAACGAAAUAGAUCUAGAAUUUCAGAAAUUUGGACCUUUGUUGAAAGAGUGAAGGAAGAAAUUGAAGAAACAAGAAAGUUCAUCAUUUCGCCAGAAGAAUACUACGAAGAUUAA